AUGGCUCCAUAUAGCUACUGUUUGGUCCUCUUGACACUUUCCUGGUACUCCUCUGCCUAUGGGCCCGACCAGCGAGCCCAGAAGAAAGGGGACAUUAUCCUUGGGGGACUCUUCCCUAUUCAUUUUGGAGUAGCAGCCAAAGAUCAAGAUCUGAAAUCAAGGCCAGAAUCAGUGGAAUGUAUCAGGUACAAUUUCCGUGGGUUUCGCUGGUUACAAGCUAUGAUAUUUGCCAUAGAGGAGAUCAACAGCAGCCCUGCCCUUCUUCCCAACAUGACGCUGGGUUACAGGAUAUUUGACACUUGCAACACCGUUUCUAAGGCGUUGGAGGCCACCCUGAGUUUUGUUGCCCAGAACAAAAUCGAUUCUUUGAACCUUGAUGAGUUCUGCAACUGCUCCGAGCACAUCCCUUCAACUAUUGCUGUGGUGGGAGCAACUGGCUCAGGCGUCUCCACGGCGGUGGCCAAUCUGCUGGGGCUCUUCUACAUUCCCCAGGUCAGCUAUGCCUCCUCCAGCAGACUCCUUAGCAAUAAGAAUCAGUUCAAGUCCUUCCUCCGCACCAUCCCCAACGAUGAACACCAGGCCACAGCUAUGGCAGACAUCAUCGAGUAUUUCCGCUGGAACUGGGUGGGCACGAUUGCAGCCGAUGAUGACUAUGGCCGCCCAGGGAUUGAGAAGUUCCGAGAAGAAGCCGAGGAGAGGGACAUCUGCAUCGACUUCAGCGAGCUCAUCUCCCAGUACUCUGAUGAAGAAGAGAUCCAGCAGGUGGUGGAAGUGAUCCAGAACUCCACAGCCAAGGUCAUCGUCGUCUUCUCCAGCGGCCCAGACCUAGAGCCCCUCAUCAAGGAGAUCGUCCGGCGCAACAUCACAGGCAGGAUCUGGCUGGCCAGCGAGGCCUGGGCCAGCUCCUCCUUGAUUGCCAUGCCUGAGUACUUCCACGUAGUGGGAGGCACCAUUGGAUUCGCUCUGAAGGCUGGGCAGAUCCCAGGGUUCCGGGAAUUCCUGCAGAAAGUUCACCCCAGGAAGUCGGUCCACAAUGGUUUUGCCAAGGAGUUUUGGGAAGAAACAUUUAACUGCCACCUCCAAGAAGGUGCUAAAGGACCUUUACCCAUGGACACCUUCCUGAGAGGUCACGAGGAAGGUGGCAGCAGGCUAAGCAACAGCUCCACUGCUUUCCGGCCCCUCUGCACAGGGGACGAGAACAUCAGCAGUGUGGAGACCCCUUACAUGGAUUACACACAUCUUCGAAUAUCCUACAACGUGUACUUAGCCGUCUACUCCAUUGCUCAUGCUCUGCAAGAUAUAUACACCUGCUUACCUGGGAGGGGGCUCUUCACCAAUGGUUCCUGUGCAGACAUCAAGAAGGUUGAGGCUUGGCAGGUCCUGAAGCACCUACGGCAUCUAAACUUUACCAACAACAUGGGGGAACAGGUGACUUUCGACGAGUGUGGUGACCUGGUGGGGAACUAUUCCAUCAUCAACUGGCACUUGUCCCCAGAGGAUGGCUCCAUCGUGUUUAAGGAAGUCGGGUAUUACAAUGUCUAUGCCAAGAAGGGAGAAAGACUCUUCAUCAACGAGGAGAAGAUUCUGUGGAGUGGUUUCUCCAGGGAGCCUCUGUGUUUUGUGCUCUCUGCCCUCCAGGUGCCUUUCUCCAACUGCAGCAGAGAGUGCCUGGCAGGGACCAGGAAAGGGAUCAUUGAGGGGGAGCCCACCUGCUGCUUUCAGUGUGUGGAGUGUGCAGACGGGGAGUACAGCGAUGAGACAGAUGCCAGUGCCUGCAUCAAGUGCCCGGAUGACUUCUGGUCCAAUGAGAACCACACUUCCUGCAUCGCCAAGGAAAUUGAGUUCCUGUCGUGGACCGAGCCCUUUGGGAUCGCGCUCACCCUCUUUGCAGUGCUGGGCAUUUUCCUGACAGCCUUCGUGCUGGGUGUCUUCAUCAAGUUCCGCAACACGCCCAUCGUGAAGGCCACCAACCGAGAGCUCUCCUACCUCCUGCUCUUCUCCCUGCUCUGCUGCUUCUCCAGCUCCCUGUUCUUCAUCGGAGAGCCCCAGGACUGGACAUGCCGCCUGCGCCAGCCGGCCUUUGGCAUCAGCUUCGUGCUCUGCAUCUCGUGCAUCCUGGUGAAAACCAACCGCGUCCUCCUGGUGUUUGAAGCCAAGAUCCCCACCAGCUUCCACCGCAAGUGGUGGGGGCUCAACCUGCAGUUCCUGCUGGUUUUCCUCUGCACCUUCAUGCAGAUUGUCAUCUGUGUGAUCUGGCUCUACACGGCGCCCCCCUCCAGCUACCGCAACCACGAGCUGGAGGAUGAGAUCAUCUUCAUCACGUGCCACGAGGGCUCGCUCAUGGCCCUGGGCUUCCUGAUUGGCUAUACCUGUCUCCUGGCUGCCAUCUGCUUCUUCUUUGCAUUCAAGUCCCGGAAGCUGCCGGAGAACUUCAACGAAGCCAAGUUCAUUACCUUCAGCAUGCUCAUCUUCUUCAUCGUCUGGAUCUCCUUCAUUCCAGCCUAUGCCAGCACCUAUGGCAAGUUUGUCUCUGCCGUGGAGGUGAUCGCCAUCCUAGCAGCCAGCUUCGGCUUGCUGGCCUGCAUCUUCUUCAACAAGGUCUACAUCAUCCUCUUCAAGCCCUCCCGGAACACGAUCGAGGAGGUGCGCUGCAGCACCGCUGCUCACGCUUUCAAGGUGGCGGCCCGGGCCACGUUGCGACGCAGCAAUGUCUCCCGAAAGCGGUCCAGCAGCCUCGGGGGCUCCACGGGAUCUCUCCCCUCCUCCUCCAUCAGCAGCAAGAGCAACAGCGAAGACCCCUUCCCUCAGCCCGAGAGGCAGAAGCAGCAGCAGCCGCUGGCGCUGACCCAGCAAGAGCAGCAGCAGCAGCAGCAGCAGCAGCCCUUGACCCUGCAGCCACAGCAGCAGCCAUCGCAGCAGCAGCCCAGAUGCAAGCAGAAGGUCAUCUUCGGCAGUGGCACAGUCACCUUCUCCCUGAGCUUUGAUGAGCCUCAGAAGAACGCCAUGGCUCACAGGAACUCCACCCAUCAGAACUCCCUGGAGGCCCAGAGAAGCAGCGAUGCCCCGGCCAGACACCAGGCAUUGCUCCCGCUGCAGUGUGGAGAGAUGGACUCAGACCUGACCGUGCAGGAAACAGGCCUGCAAGGGCCCAUGGCAGGGGCCCACCCGCCAGAGAUGGAGGACCCGGAGGAGAUGUCCCCAGCACUUGUUGUGUCCAGUUCACGGAGCUUCGUCAUCAGUGGGGGAGGCAGCACCGUCACAGAGAACAUACUGCAUUCCUAAAACAGAAGAGGGCCUGGCCCGGAAGAGUGGAGAGAGGUGUCUUGGAAC